AUGGCAGAGAUCCUUGAGGGUAUUCCCCACUCUAUUACUCAGGAUAUGAAUACAAAUUUGACUAAACCAGUAGAGGAAGAAGAAAUUCAGUCAGCUAUUUUUUCCAUGCAGUCUGAUAAAGCCCCAGGUCAGGAUGGCAUGUCCCCCUUGUUCUUUCAAAGGUUUUGGAGCAUUAUCAAAGGGGAUCUAACUCCAGCCAUUCAAGCCUUUUUCAGCUCAGGCCACAUGCUAAAAUCUAUAAAUCACACGGUUAUUUCCCUCAUCCCCAAAACUUUGCACCCUUCUUGCUUGAAGAACUUCAGACCCAUCAGCUUGUGUAGUGUUAUAUACAAAGCCAUCUCCAAAAUUUUGGCCAAUAGAAUGAAACAGGUUCUAGGAAAAUGCAUUAGCAACACCCAAUCAGCUUUUAUCCCAGAUAGGCAGAUUUUAGAUAAUGUAAUCCUAGGUCAUGAGUACAUGCAUUACCUCAAAAAUAAAAGACAAGGGAAAGAAAGUUUCAUGGCAAUUAAGCUUGACAUGGCCAAAGCAUACGAUAGAGUGGAGUGGCAUUUUUUGCAAGUUAUGAUGCAGAAGAUGGGCUUUUGUGCAAGAUGGAUCAACUGGAUUACUAGCUGCUUGAGUUCAGUAACUUAUUCCUUCAACUGCAAUGGGGAAUCGAAAGGUUUUGUUACUCCAGAAAGGGGAAUAAGGCAGGGAGACCCUCUGUCUCCAUACUUAUUUCUGAUAUGCUCAGAAGGAUUCUCCAACCCAUUGAAGAAAGCAGAGGAGAGGAAGGACUUAAAUGGUCUGAGGAUCAGCAGGCAAGGUCCUCUCAUCACUCACCUUUUCUUUGCUGACGACUCACUCAUUUUUUGUAAAGCCAACACCAGGCAAGCUACUGAAAUCAUGAAAAUUCUCAGAACAUACGAAAAGGCUUCAGGACAGUUGGUCAACUUGGAUAAAUCAGCUAUCUUCUUCAGCAAGAAUGUAUCGAGGGAGCUUAGAAGUGAAGUGUGCAGUUCCAUAGGAGGAAUGGCAGAGAUAAAACAAGGCAAAUAUUUGGGGCUGUCAAUGGUGAUUGCCAGGACUAAUGACCAGAUCUUUGGGUUCAUCAAGGAAAAUAUAAGAAGUAAGAUGCAGGACUGGAGGAAUAAGUUUCUGAGUAAUGCAGGUAAGGAAGUACUCCUCAAGGCAGUGUCAAUGGCAAUGCCUACUUAUGCCAUGUCUGUUUUCAAACUAUCUAGGAAGAUGUGUAAAGACAUCAGCUCUCUGAUGGCCAACUACUGGUGGGGAGAAACAAAUGGCAAGAAUAAAAUGCAUUGCGUUUCCUGGAGGAAAAUGUCAAUGAAGAGGAAUGAAGGAGGCCUGGGAUUCAAGGACAUUGAAGCUUAUAAUAAAGCCUUGCUUGGGAAGCAGAUUUGGAGGAUAAUCACUAAACCGAACCUUCUGGUUAGUAAAGUGCUGAAAGCUAGGUACUUCCCCAAAGACUCCAUCUUAUCAUGCAAAACAUAUAGGAAUGCGUCUUGGUUCUGGCAAGGAUUACUAGGAGCCAGAUGCUUAAUUGAUCAAGGAAUGAUUAGAAGGAUUGGCAAUGGGAGGAGUACAAGUAUUUGGGGUCAUCGAUGGAUUCCUGGAUCCAGUUCUGGGAAGCCAACUACUCCAAGACCUCUAAAUUCUGAAUGUAAGAUGGUGCAUGAGUUAAUUAACCAACAGAGGUGGAAUAGGAACACCAUCUUUAAGUAUUUCAAUCAUAAGGAUGCUGAGAAGAUCUUAAACAUCCCCUUAAGUCUGACUGGGAGAGAGGACUGUUAUUAUUGGCAGCAUAAUGCAGGGGGGCAGUAUACGGUCAGCUCAGGCUAUCAAUUCCUUAUGAAGGAGAGAAGUGAAGCUGAAAAGGAACAAGUAGAGGCCGCUGGUUCAAGCAUCAGAGAAGGAAGUCAGUCAGCCAGACAAAUGUGGAAAACAUUAUGGAAGCUCAACAUUAAACAUAAGAUCAAAAUUUUCAUUUGGAAAUGCAUAACAGGUGCACUACCAGUGCGAGCUGAAAUCUAUAGGAAGACAAGGUUGGGAGAUCCAGUGUGUCGAAUGUGUGGGGAAGAACAAGAAUCAGUGGAACACUUAUUCUUCAGCUGCCCGCACACACAGGAGGUCUGGAAGGUUGCUCCAAUAAAGUGGGAUGGUGUGGUGGACCAGCAAGGGAGUUUUAAACGAUGGCGGAUCACAGUAUCAGAAGCUAGGAGAAGGCCAAGAGGGAUGGAGCAUAUUGGUCUGACAGCGAACAUUUUAUGGCAGGUGUGGAAAGAAAGGAACAAAAAAGAGUUUGAAAACAAAGGCAGUUGUUUACCAGCUAGGACUAUAAGUAAAGCCCAUAAGGAGUGGUUGGAACAGGAGGGAAGCUUAAGUAGGAUAACUAGGCUAAGCACAGGAAAAACAACUCCCAUCACUGAAGAACCUUUUCAAGAGCUAGAAGAAGCAGACACAAUUGUUAUGGAGGUGGCAACAGAGAGUCAGGUAGGGAAAGUCCCUUUGGGGAUUGGGGUCAGAGUGCGGAGGCAUCCAAACACUUUACUGGCAGAAUGGGCACUUAGAGAGAGAAGUUUGGGUAACAGAACCAUUAAUGAUGCAGUGGCCAUAAAACUGAUUCUGUGUAAAGCUCUAGAGCAGGGAUGGAGCAGAAUUGCGAUCCAUUUCCAUAACCAAGAUCUGAUGAGACAGAUGAAGAAUAGGUGCCCCUCCAACAGCAGUUUAGCUACUUUGAUAGAGGACAUUCUUAACAUGCAGAGAUUGUUUCGCAUGUGCUUGUUUAGGUCUGUUAGGGAUGAAAGAAUAGAAAGAAGUAAAUGUUUAAGUCAUCAUGCCUUUGGCAUAAUAGUGGAUGAGGAAUGGAUUGUUCCUCAGUGCUUUUGA